CGCGCGUGUGCGUGGCGCCCCUUCCCUCGCGCUGGCUCGGAGCACAUGGCCGAAGCGGGGGCGCCCAUGCGGCUGAAGGAAUGGCUGGUCGCCCAGGUGGAGGGCGGCCAGUACCCGGGGCUGCGCUGGGAGGACGGCCAGAAGCGGCUCUUCCGCAUCCCCUGGAAACACGCCGCCAAGCAGGACUACCGGCAGCAAGAGGAUGCGGCGCUCUUCAAGGCCUGGGCCAUCUACAAAGGCAAAUACCACGAAGGACUGGACAAGGCCGACCCCUCCGUCUGGAAAACCCGCCUGCGCUGCGCCCUGAACAAAAGCCUCGACUUCAAGGAGGUCCCUGACCGAAGCCACCUGGACAUCUCGGAGCCCUACAAGGUGUACCAGAUCGUCUCGGAGGCGUCCCAAGGAACGGAUAAGGAAAAUAGCAAGGAUUCUCUCCUGGAGCCAAGCCGGCCCUCGUUGCCUGCACCUCAAGAGGCCAGAGCACCUUCUCAUCCAAACAAGAUGUCACCUGUUGUGCCGUGCGUUUCUUCCCAGGCCAGGACAUCCUCAGAUUCAAGCCAGGAGAGUAAGGAUGAGUCCGUGGCAACAGGCCAGACUGCUCCGGGGUCACCCCAAGUCUCCCAGAAGCCAAGCCACACAGAGCACCAGGGGUACCAGGUGAAAGGGUGUUUCUACGGCUGGAGCCCUGCCCAGUUUCACUGCCAUCCGAGCCCUGGCUUCGUGGGUCCCCACUUCCAAUGCACCAGCAAUGAAAACAUCAACUCAGACUGCUGGCUGCACAUCCGCCUUUACUACUGCGACGUGCUGGUGAAGGAAAUCACCACGAGCACCGCGGAGGGCUGCCGGAUCACCUACCGCCCCGUGCCGGCUGACGACGAGUGCCUUUACGGUCCAAGCACCAUGGAGCAAAUCCAGUUGCCCUCCCCGGGCGUCCUGGCUGGGAACGGCCGGGCGGCGAGAGCGGUUGGGGUCUUGGAGCAGCUGCUCCCCCACCUGCACCGCGGUGUGCUCCUAUGGGUGGCCCCAGAAGGGGUCUUCAUGAAACGGCAGUGCCAGGGAAGGGUCUACUGGAAGGGUCCGCUGGCGCCGCACGCCGACCGGCCCAACAAGCUGGAGAGGGAGAAGACCUACAAGCUCUUGGACACCCAGCAGUUCCUGCAGCAGUUACGGGGCUACCUGAGCCACGGUGAGCCGCCCCCCCAGUACCAGAUCCACUUCUGCUUCGGAGAGGAGUACCCUGCCGCCCCCCACCAGAAACUCCACAGGUUCAUCACAGCCCAGGUGGAACCGGUGUUCGCCCGCGACCUCUGCCUCCACGCCCAGCGUCUGGGGCCACGGUCGCUCUGGAACUCUCAGCCGUGCAGUCCGGAUGCUCCCAGGAAUAUCAUCCAGAUACUGAAACAGCUGUGCUCGCCUUGAUUUGGCUGGAAGGGAGGCAGGGGCUUUGGCUGGGGAGGGGCAGGGGCUAUGAAGCCAGUAACAUUUGUCGGGAA